AUGAAUGAGAAUAUGGAUUUAACGCCGUAUUUGGACGAUCUUCGAUGCAUCGAUGAUGCGAACGAGGAUCUCGACCCGAUUAUCGAGAAGCAGAAGAUUAUCGAAAGACAAUCAGAAAGGUCGCCAAAAAUUGAUGAUAGCCUGGCUACGGUUCCGGAAACAUCCAUAUAUUCAUUGAGAAGUCGAGCGUUAAAAGAGGAGAUGCUGAGUGAUGAGGAGAGGAAUGAAGCAAAGAAAUUGGAGUUUAAAGUACCGUUGAAAAAAGAAUCGGCUGAAGUUUUGUUCGUACCCACUAUAAAACCAAGGAAAUAUUCACUGAAGCCUGAAAUCAAGCAGCUUGAAAGUCAGGUCGCCGAAUUUAGCCAAAUAAUUAGCGAUAAAUGUGCGCGAAUACGCCAUUUUGAGAUCGCAUUCCGCUCAAUGGAAGAAAGAAAUGAGCACUUGGCUGCCGAAAACACGCGAAUGCGCAAUGAGCUGACUGUUAUAAUUGAUUUCAUCCGCUAUUUUUUACAGGCCGAAAAGAAAAAUCCGCUGUACCGAUUGAGGCGUGAGAAGAACAACGAUGCGGUAAGACGCUCGCGUACAAAAGCAAAGCAGCAGCAGAAGAUGAAAGACGAGCAGAUCAAGCAGCUUGAAAGUCAGGUCGCCGAAUUAAGCCAGAUAAUUAGCGAUAAAUGUGCGCGAAUACGCCAUUUUGAGAUCGCCUUCCGCUCAAUGGAAGAAAGAAAUGAGCACUUAGCUGCUGAAAACACGCGAAUGCGCAAUGAACUGAAUGUGAUGAAGAGGCGAUGCCGAUGCAUGCAUCGUCCCACCACUGCUGAUGCUGCUACUGCUGUUGCUGUUGAUUUGGAGGAUGUGCACUGA